UGCCUGGAGCAUCCCUCUCCAUCCCUAGGGAUGAAGGCUAGGUAGGUACCAAGGCUCUCAACAGUCUGGGGCUUGGGGAUUGUGCUCUUCCGCCCCCAACUGGUCCCAGGCGGCACUGCGUCCCCGGCGUGUGCUCAGGAAUCUCGGCAGGCGCUCCGCUUCGCUCCGCACGUGGGCGCGCUAUGGAGAGCUGUCACUUAAAAGACUCAACCAUGGAAGCCAGACCAAUUGUGACCUCGAAACAGAAGGUUGAAGUGGUUUGUGGUGUCCCAACACAGGUGGUCUGCACAGCUUUCAGCAGUCACAUCCUUGUGGUGGUGACCCAGUAUGGAAAAAUGGGUACCCUGGUCUCUCUGGAGCCUAGUGUGGUAGCCAAUGAUAUCUGCAAGCCUGCAAUCAGUACCAGAGUGCUCCUUGGGCAAGAUGAGCCCCUUAUCCAUGUCUUUGCAAAGAACCUGGUGACGUUCGUGUCCCAAGAAGCAGGAAACAGGCCUAUUCUCCUUGCUUUGGCCUUGAAGGACAAAAGUGUGGAAGGGGUAAGAGCCCUGAAGGAAGUGAUUCGGAGCUGCCAGGUGUGGUAAAACAAGGCUCUAUCUGCCAGCUGGAUUCUCCAGGGGAAAGCUCUUGAAUCAAGAACUCAUAACCCUUCUUCUGAAGGAAUCUUUCAUUUUCUUAUGGCUUAUAGCCCAUGCAACUCAGAGAGAACUAUUUUCACAUCUCAGGACAAACUCAGUUUGGUUUUGAUACUAAUAGAGUGGGGUGGGAGGAGGGCCUACUUCUUUGGAAAUUUGUAUACAGUUUUCCGUUGAUGUCCACAGAAUUACAUGCAUCAUCAAGCUGAAUGGGAUUCCCUAUAUUCUCAGAAUAGUAUUAGUUGAAGGAGGAAUUUGCAAAGAGAAAACUAAGCCAAGUAGAAGUCAGUGCUCAUUUUACUUUACCACCUUUUCUUUUCUAAUAUAGUAAAAAUUUCAAUUACACAAGCCCCUUCUGGCUCUUACAUUCCUUAACUAUGAAUGUAAUUGAAAGUAUCCUAAUGUAUGAAAACUUGUUUGAGAAGGAAAAAUAGGUAUGUGACAUUGUUCAAUUAAAAUUUUCAAUGUGACAUUGUUAAAAUAAA